AUUAUUAUUAUUAUCUUAUAAAAGUAGUCUCUUUCUUGGCUUUCUUCAUUUGUACAUAUGUGUGUGGCUCUUGUUCAAUUCUCUAUCUUGUCUCUCUCUCUCUCUCUGCAAUUAUCAACCUGUCUAUCGAUCUAUCUUAGCUUAGCUUCUAUUAUAAUGGUUUUUGAUACUUCAUCAAUCAUUUAUAUAGUUUAAUUAAACUCUAUCUUGCAGAUUCAUCGUCAUUCUAUUCUAUUCUAUUCAAGGGUUUCUGCUCAGAUCUGGCUUAAAGAUGAAGACUUUUAGUUUUAUCUUUCUCAUGCAGAGAAUCUAGCUAUAAAGUUUGCAGCUUUAGAGAGAGAGGGAGAAAGAAGAAGAAGAAGAAGAAAAUGAUUAACGGUAGUAUGAGUAUGAUAAUACCACCCCCCUUAGAUGACAGCAUGUCGAAUUUAACUUGUGCAUCAAAUGAAGCGGCCAGUACUAUCUCUUCAAGCAACAGAAAUCAUGAAAUUGGAUUAACUCAACUCUAUCAUCAUCACCAAUUACAACUACCUCCUUCUAAGAAAAGAAGAAAUCUUCCAGGCAAUCCAGACCCAGAUGCAGAAGUGGUGGCUUUAUCUCCAAGGACAUUAAUGACUACAAAUAGAUUCAUAUGCGAGAUCUGCAACAAGGGUUUUCAAAGGGACCAGAAUCUUCAACUUCAUAGAAGAGGACACAAUCUUCCGUGGAAGCUGAAACAAAGGACAAACAAGGAAUUACCAAUAAAGAAGAAAGUGUACGUGUGCCCUGAGGUCACAUGCGUCCACCAUGACCCGGCUAGGGCUCUAGGUGAUUUGACCGGAAUCAAGAAACACUUCUUCAGGAAACACGGUGAGAAGAAAUGGAAAUGCGAAAAGUGUUCUAAAAGAUACGCAGUCCAGUCCGAUUGGAAGGCUCAUUCCAAGAUCUGUGGCACUAGAGAAUAUAGAUGUGAUUGUGGCACCCUUUUCUCUAGGCGUGACAGUUUCAUCACCCACAGAGCCUUUUGCGAUGCUUUGGCAGAGGAGAGUACCAGACUUAUAAACGCCGCCGGCAUUACCGCCGGCGCCGCGCCGGCCGCCUCUAAUAAUAUUUCUUCAACCGUCCUCCUCCGCCGCCAUUUAAAUCAGUUUGAUGAUCCCACAUCAAUGGUUACCUCCAUUAACCAGCCUUUAAUCCACCUCAAAAGAGAACAACAACAUCAAGACCUAAUUCCACCUUGGCUCUUACACCAACAAGACCUGAUAAGGGGCCCAGGUCCCCCACCACCGAUGGACCCCUCCUCCUCCAUCCAAUUAUUCCCGGCGAGACAGCUGCUGGACCACCACCAUAAUCAGAAUCAAAAUUCCAGUUUCCUCCCUCCAAUAUUUGAACCUACUCCUUCUCCUCACAUGUCAGCAACAGCUCUACUUCAAAAGGCAGCCCAAAUGGGUGUCAACCAUAGCCUGCCAGAACAAACUAUUCAGAUGGGCAUUUCCACAAACAAUUGGUCUGCUCCAGGACUUAGCUCCAACAACAGAUCUAAUUCAUUUGAAGAGGCGGCCAUUAUGAGUAAUAAUAAUGGAAUGUUGAAUAAUCCGAAACUAGACAAUACCAGUUGUUUCCAGCAGGACCCUUCAAUCGGAGGCCGCGGUAAUGGCAAUGGUAACGAGGAAUUAACACGGGACUUUCUGGGUCUAAGAGCAAUACCCCCACCUGCUGCUGCUGCUGCUGCGGGUAGAGGGAUUUUCACAAACACGAGAGGAAUACAAUCAACAACGUCGACGAAUUUGUAUAAUCAACAGACCCUAAACCAUCAUCAAACAUCUUGGCAAGGUUAGAUCGCAAUCGCAAUCGCAACCGCAUGAAUCGAAUUAGACAUGAUGAUCGAAGAAGUUCUUCAGUUUUGCUUUUUGGGUUUUAUGAAAAAUACAGAUGAGAGACUACUGUUUAUUUACUCCAAAAAACUCUACUUUUUAUUCUAUUUUUC